UUCAGAGAACUCUACAAACAAUUCUUUUCUCUUUCUUUAUCCAUAUCUCUUUGAAUCAAAAUAUUUUUCCAAGAAAAUGAUGAUAAACGCUAAGAAGCUCUUGAAGAUGGCCAAGAAAUGGCAACAAAGAGCAGCCUUAAGCAGGAAAAGAAUCUCAUUUCAGAGGUCAAGGGCUUCUAACAAUUUAACUGCUGUAGAAAAGGGAUGUUUUGUGGUUUACACAGCCGAUUUCAUCCGCUUUGCUUUUCCAAUAAGUUACCUAAGCAACUCUAUUGUCCAAGAGCUCUUGAAGAUAUCAGAAGAAGAGUUUGGUCUCCCAACGGAAGGACCAAUCACAUUGCCAUUUGAUUCGGCUUUUCUAGAGUAUCUCGUCAAACUGAUCCAAAGACGAAUGGAUGGAGAUACAGAAAAGGCUCUGUUGAUGUCAAUCUCAAGUGCUAGAUGCUCUUUGCAACCACAAGAACUGCAAAGUAGUAUUACUCAAAAACAACUGCUUGUAUUUUAGAGUUUAAGUCUAGUUAUAUGUUUUUUCAUAGUUUAAAGCAGAUUAGAUAGACAGAUCAUUUCAGAAAUACAAAUUUUUGCU